AUGCCUCGGCAAGAAACAGCUAGAGAAUAUUUUGUGAAAGAAUUUCCUACCCAGAAAAAAGAGAUUGAAAAGUGCUUCAGGUGCCUUCAGGAAGUGGCAAACCACAUUGACAGGAUCCACAAGGGUUGCACCACUGCCAGCCUUGUUUCCUGUUCCACGAGUGCCACUUCUGGCAUCUUGACCAUUCUGGGGUUGACCUUGGCUCCUAUCACAGCAGGUGGGAGCUUAAUCUUAACAGCCACUGGGAUUGGCUUGGGAGCAGGAGCCACAGCAAUCGGCCUUUCUGCAGCUUUAUAUGAGAAUAUUAUCAAUUCAAAAGAAAGGAAGAGAGCUGAAGGUCUCAUGAAUGAAUGUGAGAAGAGCUUAAGAAAAUCAGUUCAGCUUGUUACAAUAUAUUCCGGAACUGAGCUGACCCCAAAAGCAAUGGGGAAGAAUGUCAGAUAUCUUGUCUCUAACAUUUCUCGUCAGGUUCCUGACCUUGAAAUGGCUGCAAAGAGGAUUAAAACAAACGUAAAGGCAUGGAAGUCUACUCAAACACACCUGAAGACUUUAGCAAAGCAAGCAGCUAAUGCAGGAAGGAGCUCCUGGAGUAGGUUUAAGAACUCAAAAGAUAUUAAAAAAGCUUUCAGUGGACCUACCCUUGCAAUGACCAAAGGAGCUAGGAUGUUAAAUGCUGUGUCAGCUGGAGUGUUUCUCCUGGUUGAUGCCUAUGGUCUUGUCCAGAAUGCUAAACAUUUGAUGAAGGGAGGCAAAGCAGAACUGGUUUCAGAGAUAAGAAAAAAGGCAAGCUUACUUGAAGAGGAACUGCAGAAUCUCAGCAAACUUUACAAUGAACUGAAAGCCUUGGAGUAA